CUCCUAAUAUUUCAACUAGGAUAAAGGGGGCUUUGACCGGCUGGGGAUUUGAAAGUGCGAAGUGCCUAUAUAUACCAGCCAUUUUGUACACAAUUGCCACAACAAUUAAGAUUCGCAAGUCAAGGCACUGGAGCAAGAAACAUGGAGCAAAAGUUGAACACUGCCAUCAAAAGAACAUCAAGAUCUCCUUACGUUAAACCUCCAUUCACUUUAAGUGAUGUUAAGAAAGCAGUUCCGCCUCACUGUUUUGAGCGUUCGGCGAUUCGCUCUUUGUCAUACCUUGUCUUAGAUGUCGUCAUCUUAUUCUCUCUUUACCACAUCGCCGCAAACUAUAUCUUAACCUCUGAAUUGAUUCAGUCUUCUAAACUCUAUCUUGUUACUUCUGGGAUCAUAUAUUCAUUGCUUCAAGGCUGUAUACUAGCCCGAUUUUGGGUCAUAGGUCACGAAUGCGGACACAACGCUUUCAGUGAGUACCAAUGGCUCGACGACACAGUCGGAUUCAUCACCCACUCUGUCGUUCUGUUUCCUUACUUUUCAUUUAAGUACAGCCACCAUCGCCAUCACUCGAGAACUGGAUCCCUAGAAGAAGAGGAAUUUGAUAUCCCACUGCUCAAGUCCCAAGUUCCCUUGAUGUUCAGAUACCUCAAAAACCCUGUGGCGAAAUUCUUUGUUGUUGGUGCUGUUCUAGUUGUUGCCGUGCCUCUAUACCUUCUUGUCAACUUCCGUGGUCGAAUUUACGAUCGAUUCGCCUCCCAUUUUGAUCCGUAUAGUCCAAUGUUUUCAUACAAGCAACGCGCUCAUGUCCUGCUUUCCGAUGCUGGGUGUUUGGCCGUCAUCUUUGCACUGUACAAACUUGCUUUGCUAAAAGGGUUCGCAUGGGUCGCUUUCAUCUACGGAGGUCCAUACCUAUUCACAAAUGCUAUGCUUAUCAUAGUGGCCGUACUUCAACACACGAACCCUCUCGUACCUUACUAUGAUCACUCCGAGUGGGAAUGGCUAAAGGGAUCCAUGGCUACCAUCGAUAGAGAUUUCGGAUUUCUCAACACGGUGUUUCAUCAGCAGCCGAAUACUCAUGUAGCGCACCAUCUCUUCCCGAAAAUGCCACAUUACCAUGCGGUAGAAGCCACCAAAGCAUUUAAGCCAAUAUUGGGCGAGUACUAUCAGUAUGAUUUCACCCCAUUCUAUAAGUCAAUUUGGAACACCAUAAGUGAUUGUGUCUACGUUGAGGAAGAUCAACAGAACAAAGGGAUAUAUUGGUAUAACAAUAAGUUUUGAGCUAAAGACUUAAAGGGUUGCGGGUCUUUCCGCAAUCAAGUGGCUGUGGUUAACUCCGAUAGCUUGUAAGGUUACAUUUAUUUGAUUUCUGUGGAAGUUUUAAUGUAAUAUUAUUGCAGUACAAUGAUAUUAGUCGCUCAAGUCGUGUAGAUCAGAUCUGUCAACAAACUAGCUAGGGUUUAUGUAUAAUUUGAUUAUUUCAGUUUGGCUAAUUGGUGUGCCGCAAAUAAUAAAAGAACUGUAAGUUAUA